AUGAACGAGGACAAGAGGAUAGGAUGUGUCGGAGACGAGGAGAAAGCCGAAGCGUGCUACAUGGAUCAAAAUCUUCGGAAAUUGAGCGACAGAUGGGAGGAUAAUAGGAGGGAAGAGGUUGAAAAGAGGGAGGAGGACAUGACGGCUCUAAAGGGAAUGUCAGUGGUAGGAUCUUGUCUGGCGCUGAUCGGAUGGGUCCUGUUCUUCUUCUCUGGUAAAGGUUCAACAGACGUGCAGUCGGUUGGAGCUUCAAUCUUGGACCCUUACGCGCACCAAGUCUUCGAGAUCGUGCCUCGACAGGAUGUACCCUGCCUCAGCGUCUCUUUUUCCACACUGCCUCCGCCAUCUGUGGAUGCGCUUGCGGCACCGCCUUCGGAUUCCUUGCCAUCUUUGGGCCUCGUAUCGAAACCUCUUCACUCACUAACAAGAACGGCGGGUACUCUCCCGACGCCCGUACCUAAGCAACAAGUCUUCCAGCUGGAUCCGCCAAUCCUGGGCAAUGGACGAGUCUUUCUAGACGACGGCGUUGGAAACGCAACAGCAGGAGAACAAACAGCAGCUGGCCGCAACCAAACCACGUGUCAAGUUACUUUGAUGCAGUACGAGUUCAAAGACUCCUUCGGGAAACCUUUCGUUGGCGAUUACACGCCACCAGCCUGCAUGGAAGGAAGCAACACAGUCAUGAUGAACAUGACGGUACACAGCUUCGGUACACAGUUCGACCGUCUGGCAGUCAUGUAUUUCGGAGACACGGAAGCAUUCCGGACGUCGACGGCGGAGCCGAAGCAAUCGGGGAUCUCGUGGACGUAUCUGAAGGACAUGUCGCACAUGAUGGCGAUGUGGAAGACGUCCCAAAAAGUUAUUUUUGAUCUGCCGAAUCAGACGACUGACACUCUCACUGGGACGUACAUCACAACCUUGACUGCGACUUUCUUCACGGCGAAACAAGCUAUUGAUCCGGCGGAUAUUAUUAUUCCAAUCUCGGCUGAGCGGGGGUACGAUUCUCAACCAAGCGCGUUCACUCUCUCAUCUGGACCUGGGUCAUCAACUGUUCCCGCUGGAUCGAUUCCGCGAAACGUCAAUAAAGCCAUCGUCACCGUCGCUGCGACGGGACAGGGUGACGAGGAGUUCUGGUGGCAGAAUAGUCUGUCUUCCGCGGUAACCACAUACAACUCAUCCGGUGGCACCCUGUUCGGCAACAGCUCGUUUCGAGAAGUCCAACUGAUGAUCGAUGGUCAGAUGGCGGGAGUCGUCUGGCCGUACCCAGUCAUCUUCACCGGGGGACUUGUGCCUGCCUUUUGGAGCCCCAUGGUCGGUACCCAGGCAUUUGAUCUGGCCGAAGGAGAGAUAGACGUUUCUCCCUGGCUAGGGAUGCUCUGUAACGGCGAAGCCCACACAUUUGACAUGCGAGUUGUCGGCCUUGCGGACGACGCUGGAAAAACGGCCGUACUCAGCGAAGGCGUGGGCAGUAACUGGAUCGUCUCUGGCAAGAUAUUCAUCUGGACGGACUCGGACGAGUCAUCCAUCACGUCCGGCCCCAAACCCACAAUCGAAGGCUCAUCACCUGAGAUAUCCGUCUCCCAAGCCGUAACACAGGACUCGAACGGUGGAAACGACACCCUCGUCUAUAGCACCUCCGUGCACCGCACGCUUACCGUUACUUCGAACGUCAAGACCGCAGAGUAUCCCAACGGUCGAAAUAUGGUGUGGACGCAGAUCCUCAGCCACAACACCAACAACUCCUUCUCCUCCCAAGGAAACAACCAGUCAAACUCUUUGAUGACGACAGGCAGAGAUGUCUUCAUGAGGGGGUUCGAAACGCCCUACAGAAAUACGUAUCAAUACCCACUCAGCGUGAACUCCACCGGCACCGCCCUCGCAGACGGCGCAAGCCGCUUCGACACGCAGAUUAUCCGUGGCCGUGCCGUUGAAGUUGACGGCCAGGGCGUCGCACCAACUGGCCUGCAACCGUUCGCCGAACUGGCCAACAGCGCCGACCUUGUCAGAACACUCAAGGGAAAAACGAUGGUGGAGUCACAGGCCGGGAACGCGACUCUGCUGCUGACAAGAGGGAGUGGCGGCGUUGCGAGCGCGAGUGGGACUUUCGGGACGCUCAAGGGCGAGGCGAGGAUGGGUGGGCGGAGUGCGCAGGGUGUUAUGGGCAUGGAGCGUGAUACGGAACUCUGGUAUCGGAUGGUGGGUGUGGUGAACGGCACGGUGCAGGAAGACGUAGAGAGGAUUAACAGGAAAGGGGUGCUGGCUGGGUUUAAUGUCGUUGAUGAUACCCCGACGAACUCCUCAAGUAGUGGAGAUUUCAAUGCAGCAGCUACGGUUGAUGGGAGGAUUGGGAGGUUUCUGGGCCGUGGGAGGUUCCUAGAUCAGAUAAUGGCCCGUCUCGCAGUUUUCAAGAUGAAGAACACGCCGACACCGAUCCGCAUCCUCUGUUUCGGGGACAGCCUGACAGACGGGUACUGGAUGCACGGGAUGCACCGGGCGCCGUACUCCGUUACCAUGAAGAGGAUUCUGGAAGAAAAUCUAGGGGAGAAGGCCCAGAUGGGAUUCGAUGUCGAUACGAAUGGUGUUAGUGGGCAGCUCGUCGUGAACGGGUUCAGGGAGCGGAUGGGGAAUUUAUGCCCCUACGACUGGGUCGUCUUUCUCGGUGGUACGAAUGAUCUCGCCUUUAGCGUUCCUCCUGAUAGGAUCUACGACGAGAUCAAAGCUACCACCGAUCUCCCGCUGUCGACCGGAGCCAGGGUCCUCCUGCUGACCGUCCCCGAAUGCAGUGCCAAAAGCGAGACAUUGGAUCGCAACAGAGGGGAGUUGAACGAGCUGCUGAAGAGGGAUAUGAGGGAGGGCGUAUACUCGCUUGAUCUGCAUGCCAAGAUUCCAUACCACGCUCUGGAUGAGGAUGAGAGGAAGAAGAUCUGGGAUGAUGGCUUGCACUUUACCGCCGAGGGGUACGAGCGGAUCGGCGAACUGGUCGCCGAGCGUCUGAUCGGCAUUCUCAACGGUACCGGAGAGGGGGAAGGUGCUGCAACGGAGGCCAAUGCGCCAACGAUAACUCGUAAUUGA